GCUGCCACAGAAGUCUGAAAGAUGAAGCAUUCGGCCCUGCUCCUCCUCCUUAUCAGCUCCGCAGCCUGCAUCAAUCUCAAAUUUAUCUCCAAGAGGAACUCUGUGGACGGCUGCAUCGACUGGUCGGUGGACCUGAAGCGGUACCGCGUGCUGGCGGGCGAGCCGGUGCGGGUGAAGUGCGCGCUCUUCUACAGCUACAUCCGGACCAACUACAGCAUGGCCCAGAGCGCCAAGCUGCGCCUCAUCUGGUACAAGAACAAGGGCGACUCCGAGGAGCCCAUCAUCUUCUCCGGCCAGCGGCUCAGCAAGGAGGACGACUCCAUCUGGUUCCGCUCGGCCGAGCUGGAGGACAACGGCUUCUACACCUGCGUGCUCAGAAACUCCACGUACUGCAUGAAGGUGUCUAUGUCCCUGACCGUGGAGGACAACGACGACGGGCUGUGCUUCAACAGCAAGAUCCGGCACCUGGAGAAGGCCGAGAUCACCAAGAGCAAGACCAUCACCUGCCCCGACAUCGACGACUACCUGGCUCCGUACAAGCAGCCCAUGAUGACCUGGUAUAAGGAGUGUCAGAAGAAGACCUGGCGGAGCUCCAUCGCCGUGAACACCACCAGCGUGUGGAUCCCGGAGGUGGAGGAGGAGGACGGGGGGAACUACACCUGCGAGCUGACGUACGGGAGCAGGGUGGUGCGGCGGACCACGGAGCUCAAAGUGACGGCUCUGCUCACCACCCGGCCCCCCAAGGUCCUGUUCCCCAUGGAGAGGCAUCCCAGCCUGAUAGACGUCCAGAUGGGCAUGCCCCUCAGCCUGGACUGCAGGGCUUUCUUCGGCUACAGUGGAGAGUCCCGGCCCAUCAUCUACUGGAUGAAGGGGGAGAAGUUUGUGGAGGAGCUCAAGGGUCACAUCAGGGAGAGCGAAGUCAGGGUCCUGCGGGAGUACCUGGGGGAGAAGGAGGUGCAGCUCUCGCUCACGUUCGACGCGGUGGAGGAGGGCGACAUGGGGAACUACACCUGCUACGUGGAGAACCAGAACGGCCGCGGCCACGCCAGCGCCAUCCUGCAGAAGAGAGACCUGUACAGACUGGAGUUGGCUGGAGGACUGGGGGCCAUUUUGCUCCUGCUGGGCUUCCUCACCGCCAUCUACAAGUGUUACAACGUGGAGAUCAUGCUCUGCUACCGCCAACACUUCGGGAAUGACGAGGCGGAGGACGAUAACAAGGAGUACGACGCGUACCUGUCCUACACCAAGGUGGACCCGGAGAGCCUGCACCGCAGCACCAGCGAGGAGGAGCAGUUUGCGCUGGAGGUGCUGCCGGACGUGCUGGAGAAACACUACGGAUACAAGAUGUUCAUCCCAGACCGAGACCUCAUCCCCAGCAGCAUCUACAUCGAGGACCUGGCGCGCAGCGUGGAGCAGAGCCGGCGGCUCAUCAUCGUGCUGACGCCCGAGUUCGUGGCCAAGCGCGGCUGGAGCAUCUUCCAGCUGGAGAGCCGGCUGCACAGCAUGCUGGUCACCGGGGAGAUCAAGGUCAUCAUGAUCGAGUGCCCCGACCUCAAGAGCGUCAUCAACUACCAGGAGGUGGAGGCCCUCAAGCACACCAUCAAGCUCCUGUCCAUCAUCAAGUGGAAGGGGCCCAACAGCAACCAGCUCAACUCCAAGUUCUGGAAGCAGGUCCUGUACGAGAUGCCCGUGAAGAGGAAGGAGAACCUGUCCCGCCGGCAGGUGCUGGACUCCGGGGAGCAGGGCCUUUUCGGCGACCUGCAGGCCGUCUCCACCAUCGCCAUGACCGCCACCUCGGCCUCCCUGGCGCCCGCCCACGCGGAGAUCCCGGACUUUAACCAGACCAACCCGCAGAUGAGACACUUGUGCCGGAGCUACGAGUACGAGAUGCCCUCGUCCCCGCUGCAGAUCAGCACGCUGGGCAGACGUCACAUGUACUGCAACAUCCCCAUGACCCUGCUCAACGGGCAGGUCGGGCAGAACAACACCCUCGGCAAGGGCAAGCCGGACGUGCACUUGAACAGUACUUUCGUCCCUCUGUCCGGACGGGAACUCACCAGUGACAUCUGGUAGGCCGGCUGGAAGCCACAUGGCCUACUGCCUCCUUUCUUUCCUAUCUGCAUGAGGAACCAUUAAGAUAAAAACUUUGAGCAAAAACGAGAACAGAGACACGAACAUCUCCUGAUGACGUUUCACAUCGUGGUAUCUUGUUUUUUUGGGAUUGUUCUUCUUUUUUUUUGUUUUUAUUUUGGUUCAGCUGAAAAAAAAAAAAUGAGGGUUACUCUACGUUUCAUUUUACUACUUGAAUAUCUCCUCUUGGAGAUGAGUAAUAUAUGACCUUGUUUUUUACAGUUCAAGGUGUUGUUAUUAUGUACAGUUUUCAUAUCUUCUAGAGGCAUACAGUACAUAAAGAUUCAUUGGGAAUUUUAUUGGUGUAUGAGUAUGUGUGUACCCACAUUAAAAGGUUUCUAAUCGGGGGCUGUUGGGGGCAAUGGGAGCACAUUGCAGCACAAUGUUAAGAGGGAAGGACCACGUUCUUUGUGAGCUUUAAAUAUAAUAUUUAAGCAAAUAAACCAUGUUUCAGUUUACACCAGAUAUUGUCAUUGUUUUAAGCCAAUUAAAUAUGAAUAUUUGAAAUAUUUUAUACCA